AUGCAGCUCCUCUCAUCUACCAGCAUCGCCCUCCUCACCUCCCUCGCCACCGCCAUCCCCGUCAACCCGCUCUCCUUCAAACGAGCCACCACCCCAAACACCACCACCUGGCCCGUCUCCAACUUCACCGUCGGCUGCUCGCCCGCCGCAUGCGUGUACAACUUCAGUGUCUGGCGGGCCAGCGGACCCAGCAACCCGGGCUUCAACACCACCUGCAUCGGUGACGAUGCCACGAGCGACUACCAGGCCUGCGGCGACGAGACUGUGUAUGCGCGCAUCGUGCCCGAGACGGGUGUGUGGCAGGUCGAUGUGCGACACAAGUACGCCACUGACCAAAGCGGCGGGUUCAUCGAGGCCUGGGCCAAUGGUACAGUGGACGACAGCACAAAGGCAUUCGCGGUCACCGUCUAUCAGACUGUGGGUGCUGAAUAA